UGUUUUGUCGCUGCAUUAGUCAAAACACAAAUGGAGCUCGCGUGGAGGGAGUGUUCGGACGUCUCAUCCUAACCUCUCCGUUCGAAGUUUCGAUCGUCGUUGUCGCAUCAUCAAGAAUCGGUGCGUUCGAGCGGCGUCAGUGAAGCAGUGUUUUCCGAGAGUUCCCGCCGCGAAAAGCGAAAGUUACAAUGGUUACGAGUUUGUAAGUGUUACGAUGAAUUCAAGGGCGCAGUUACAACCGUUCCUCAACAACUCCCUGGCCAUCCGACAGGAGAUCCAGCGCUUCGAGAGUGUGCAUCCUUCCAUCUAUGCCAUCUACGAUUUGAUCGACCUCAUCCCAGAUGGGUUGGUGGCCCAGCAGAUUCGGGACCAUGUCGUGUGCAUUGAAGACUCCUUCGUUAAUAGCCAGGAAUGGACGCUGUCGAGAACGGUCCCCGACCUGCGGCUCGGCAUCGUCGGCUCGUUGUCGUCCGGAAAAUCUGCCUUGGUUCACCGCUACUUGACCGGAUCUUACAUGCAGGAAGAGUCGCCGGAAGGAGGUCGCUUCAAGAAGGAAAUCCUCGUCGACAAUCAAAGUUACCUGUUAUUGAUUAGAGAUGAAGGCGGACCGCCGGAGUUACAGUUUACCGCUUGGGUGGACGCCGUCAUUUUCGUUUUUAGUUUAGAAAACGAGUCUUCGUUCAACGCCAUCUACAACUACUACACGAAGAUGUCUCACUAUAGGAACUCGGCGGAGAUUCCGCUCAUUUUAGUGGGAACACAAGACGCAAUAAGCGAGAAUAAUCCGCGAGUCAUCGACGAUUCCCGUGCAAGGAAACUGGCUAACGACCUGAAGAGGUGUUCUUAUUACGAGACGUGUGCCACCUACGGUCUCAACGUCGAACGGGUCUUCCAAGACGCGUGCCAGAAAAUCGUCCAACAACGAUUAUCGGUGUCGACGUCAUGCCUCACCCCCACGAAUUCACGGCCUUCGACACCCAACCACUUCCAUCCAACCGGUGGACCAAUGUCUGUCCCGAGACACCUACCCACUGCCCAGUCGAACAACGGCUUCUCUCAAAUGUCACCUAGUCACAACACCCUCUCGCACAAGGAUUCCAUGAGUCUGCACUCGUUGGGCUCAAGGCAGGUCCACACCUUGUCGUCCUCGACUCACUACCUUCACCGCGACAAGUCGUCCGACGAAAAGUGGAACUCUUCGUCGUCGACACUGAGUCACGGUUCCUCCCAGAUCUUGGUCCAGAGCGUCCCCACCGAGAACAACAACGUGGCCAAAUUCGCGGCGCCUCACCCCGUGGACAACGUCCACAGCAACUCGAAGGACUCGAAGGACCUUCCGACCCCCAGUUCCACACCCACUACGGCUCGCAAGAGCCGGAGACGGUCCAACUUGUUCACCCCGUCGAAAAAAGGGGACGACAAGCUGAAGAACGUGGGGGAUUUCGGGAGCGGGAGGGCCAUUCCGCUCAAGCAAGGCUACUUGUACAAGAGGAGCAGUAAACCCUUGAAUAAGGAAUGGAAGAAGAAGUACGUCACGUUGUGCGAUGACGGAAGAUUGACGUACCACCCGAGUCUGCACGACUACAUGGACGACGUACACGGUAAGGAGAUAUCCUUGCAGUACGUCACGGUUAAAGUCCCAGGCCAGAAGCCGCGAGGGUCCAAAUCCAUCAUCACGGUCGCCGGGACCAACGGCAGCAGCAGUAUUAACGAAGGCUUGGGGGGGCUGUCCCUGAGCGGCAAAGACAAACGCGCUACGGAGAAGGUACUACUCAGCGCGUUCGAAACGGUCAAGGACCCGAGCUCGAAGUACUCGCAAGUGAGCGGGGACGAAGGGAUGGUCUUGUCGAAUAGUAGUUCAUUCGUUAACGGCGACGGGAUCAAGACGGAGACGCCGAACGUGAAGAAGCGCCACCGGAGGAUGAAGAGCAGCAGCGUGAAGAGCUCGGAAUAUGACGAUCCCGACGGGUAUGAAUUCUAUAUCGUUUCGCUAGACAACAAGCAAUGGCAUUUCGAAGCGUCUAGUUCCGAAGAACGGGACGACUGGGUAGCUGCAAUAGAACAACAGAUCUUGAAUUCGUUACAGUUGAACGAGUCCUCGAAGGGGAAAAAGCAGAGCAACCCCAUGGAGGCCGCAACGAUACAAUCGAUACGUAGUCGGGUACCUGGAAAUGGGUUUUGCGUCGACUGUGAUGCCACCAAUCCUGACUGGGCGAGCCUGAAUCUUGGCGUUCUCAUGUGCAUAGAAUGUUCCGGGAUUCACCGAAACCUAGGAUCUCAUAUUUCUAGAGUUAGGUCCUUAGAUUUGGACGAGUGGCCAGCUGGUCAUCUUAGCGUAAUGUUGGCAAUCGGCAACACUUUAGCCAAUUCCGUGUGGGAAUGCCGGAUACAAGGUAGAACUAAACCGACUCCUACGUCCAGUAGAGAAGAGAAGGAAAGGUGGAUAAGGGCCAAGUACGAGAGCAAGGAGUUCCUGCCUCCAUCCAACAAUACCAUGCCCAUAGGGCAACAAUUAGUCGACGCCGUGUGUAGUUCAAACAUGAAGGCCAUCAUCCACGUGUUGGCGGUAGCCAAUACCGACCAAGUGAAUUCGACGGUAGCUGCUAGGGAUUUGCGGACGCCGCUGCAUCUAGCGUGCGCGAUGGGAAAUCUCGCCGUGGCUCAGCUCUUGAUUUGGCACAACGCCAACGUGAAGGCGGUGGACCAAGACGGGCGCACUUGCCUGGCGUACGCCCGCGCCGCCGCCAGCAUAGCGGCGGCGAAGCUGCAGACCAGCAACAGCGUGACGGCGGACUUGUCGGCCGCCGCCAGUCGGAGUCUGGUGGACCUACUCCUCUCCUAUGGCUGUCCGGAAGUGUCUUGCGUGCCCGGGAGCGGCACUCUGCCCCGGCGACGGGGCAGCCAAACGAUGCCUCAAUUCGAGAAACUACCAUCUAGCGUAAUUUAAAUUCAAUAAAUCCGACUGAUUUUCACACUACAGGGUGCACUCUGUUUGUUCUAAAUUGACGUCGUAAUUUAGGUACACCCCCAUUUAAAGUGUUCAUGUUUGCAAGUGUUCAAGCCUACCCUGUACGAAACACUGCACUGAUUAAUGUAUAAGUGUACCUAAUGUAGUCAGUCAUGUAUGCAGCUGUACAAUCAAGUUUUCGUCUCACUCGAUGCACAUUUACUGUACUUAAUUUUGGUUUGGUUUGAGCCGUGAUAUGUCAAUUUGCACUAUUAAACACUCAGUAAUUGGUAAGAGUCUUCGUGACUGUGAAGAGUAUUAUUCGUAAGUGACCAUAUACAUACAAAUCUUUUAUAUGUGAAUUUAUAAUAUUUGUACCUUGGACGUGAUAGUAAGUUCUCUUUGCAAUGUUUUAUGGUUUGCGAGUGUUUUGUGUACCGUGGUAUGGAUUUAUUUAUGCAGAAAUACUCUCUUUGUUUUGUUAUUAUUCGUGUAUAUAAUUUCGCCAAAGAUUUGUAUCUAUUGUUUUGUAUAUACGGAGCUAAAUUAUGUACAGAAAUUAUAUAUGUUGUUCUUCCUUACAUAAAAAUGUUACAGACUU